CAGUAGCAGAAUACCAGGGCCCACGUUGUCCAAUGUGUCCUCAACCAGAAGAUGGGUCUCUUCCACCACUGCUGCUUCUCUGACACACUGGCCCACACAGACCCCAAACAGGCAGUGGACUUGGACACUCUGAAGCAGUCAUCCAGACUAGUGCACUACUGCGCCACCCCUCUGCUCUUUGACCGCGUGUUCAGGAAGCAGAUCCAGGAAGAGCAGAUUGUCCAAACUCAACAUGUCAAGAAGCGUCAUCACUCCAGUGACUCCACGGCGACUGGCAGGGACCGUAGCUACAGCACAGACUCAGUUGACAAACUGCCUAACCGGCUGAGAGAGGGGCCCUGGUUGCAGGACAUCUCUAACACCUUCCUCCAGCAGUAUGUCCAGUACCUCCAGAGUAUGGGCUUCAUUCUGGUCCAGGUCCGGCCACAGUUCCCAGCGCGCAGCAUCCCCAGGGCCAGGGCAGCCAUGUUCAGCUCAUUGUCGUCAGAGAGGCAGUCCUUCUCCUAUAACACAACCAGGAGCGAGGACAGCCCUAAGAGCACAGGGUCGGAUAUUACCGCGUACUACCACCAGAGGGCGCUGCCAGGGGGCAUCGUAUUGAUGGAGCUUGCCUUUCAGGUGAAUCUUUCUCUCUCGCUCUCUCUCUCUUUCAAAGGGGGUUUAUUGGCAUGGGGGAAAUGUUGCCAAAGGAGUGAAAUAAACACAAAUAAACACAUACACAAAACAACACAAACAAAAAAACUAUACAAAUUUAACUGUAAAUAUGGCACUCAAAAGGUAACAUUUUAAGUGUUAUAUCAGCUAUGUACAGUGUUUUAUUUUUGGGGGGAGGGGGAUGG